AUGGGGAUAAAUUUGGGACAAGCGGUCAAGGAUUUCAUUCUCAAAGGCGUAAGUUUUUGUCGAUUGUUACAGAUCCACUUGCAAGCAGAGUUGAGCGGAAGAACUCAACAGAUGAAUUUUUAUCUUUUUUAGAAAAUUUUUUCAUGGAAAGUGAUCAACUGACGAAAUGUAUAGCAAAGUGAACUGUGCUCAUAGAAAAAUAAUUGUAAAUUUAGCGCUUCACACAAAAAAGUUAUUCCUUCCGUCUUCCGUUAGCCCUCCUUUUUUCACGGAACAACUCGAAUAACUUUUUUGUAUGAAAAGUUAAAUUUACAAUUAUUUUUCUAUGAGCACAGUUCACUUUGCUAUACAUUUCGUCAGUUGUGCACAUUUCAUGAAAAAAUUUUCUAAAAAAGAUACAAAUUCUUCCGCGCAACUCUGCUUGCAAUGAUCGGUUCGAGACCAAACUUUGCAGGCCUCUUGGACUUGGAUUGAGGGCCAUUGGGUCCAAGUUUCAGGCCGAUCAGAUCGGAUAGACUCGGCCAAUGAUCCAUAUACUUUUCGGGAUUUGAACAAAAACCCAAAAAUGACAUGGCAUCAUUCUCGAAAAUUCCUGUAAAUUCCUACACACACACACACUUCCAGCCGGUCCCCGUAGCCGUUUCCUCGGCGCCCACACAUUCGCCGGUUCCGAGUGCAUGGACGAGCUUCGAGUCUGGCCACGCCCCUUUUUUGCGUGUUUUCUCUAUUGACCAACAGGUUCGUGCACUUUUUUGCAGCUUUUCAAUUUUAGGCCCCAAAUUUCUUCUUCAAUUAUUUUGAAAAAUAGAGAAAAGAAGAGGAGACGAAGGUGGCGGAAAACCAAGAAGAAGAAGAAGAAGAAGCUUGCUCAACUAGAAGCCCCGCCCCGUUUUGCUGCUCCGCCGCGCCAACGAGCGCCCGAAAGCACACGGAAACGCGCGACGAUCGAGUGAAGAGCAAACGAACGAGCAAACGAGGUAGAGGAGAAGAAGAAGACGAGAUGGGCGAGCAAAAUGGUGGCACCAACGGAUCCACCAAUCAUGUACUGCUCGUAAGUGAAAUUUGAAAAAUUAAAAAUUUUUGAAACCGACACUUUGAAACAGUAAAACUUCAUUUCACUAGGGAGGUAGCUCAUCGAAAAACUUGGAAAAUUUCAAUUUUGAAGUGAACCUUUUUUGAAACAGGAAACAUUGAUAAAUCCUUUUAAAAAUCUCACUUUUCAGAUGGAAAAACCGGAGAAACUCGAGCCGAGAGUAUUCAAAAAACGUUGGCUCAUUCUCGCGAUUUUCAUGUUUCUAUCCGGAUCGAACGGAGCCCAAUGGAUACAAUAUUCGAUUAUUGCCAACAUUAUUUCCGAUUAUUAUGGAGUCUCGUUAGUUGUUGUUUUUCUCCUUUUUUUCCAUUACACCUGAAAAUGUGGUUAAAUGUUUUCACUGCAAACAUUUUCUGUAUUGUCCGUUUCAGAUUUCAAGCCGUCGACUGGACUUCAAUGAUCUACAUGCUCACUUAUAUAUUUUUCUUCAUUCCAGCCGCGUGAGUUUUUUCGUUUUCUUUCUACUAUUCACAAAGAAAUCGCUAAUCGCUUGUGUUUUGCUUCGAAUUUGAAAAAAUUAGCUAAACUUGUUGAAAAAUCGAUUGAUUAAGACGAAAAAGUGGUCAAAUCAAACACAAAAACAGAGUUUUUCUUGCCUGAAAUUCUAGAAUUCGUGCGAGUGUUCGCCGAUUCGGUGGGUCUCGCACGGAGCGAAACUUCUCAAGCGGGAGUUGUGCGCCUUUAAAUUCGAAGCGGGAUAUGGUAGAUCACAUUUUUUCUCCGUGUUCUGACAUAAAAAUGCCGAUUUCUGACGAUUAACAAAGAGAGAAUUGCAUGUAAGCCGUUUUCAGUUCAUUUUGUCAAUAUUUGUAAUAGAAAGCCGUCUGAAAUCGGCUCUUUUGUCAGAAUUUUUUUAGAUUAAGCCACGUGUGCGCAAAGGUGUCAAUUUUGACAUACUGUUGAAAAAUCAAAGUGGAACAGUGUAGUAAUAUCAUAAUCUGUCUGAAAAAAUGUAUUAUUUCGACCAUUGACCUCACUUCUGUUCCGUUGUUUCGUCGUUUCUCUGCGUCUCUCACUCUUUCUCUCCGCGACAGUUUACAAGCAGCUUUUGACGUGUAAAUACGGGCAGUACACGCGAAAAAAAGAGGGAAAAAGUGAGUCAACAGUAUAUAAAUACAAUGGAUAUUGUCGUCUUCUUCUUCUUCUUCUUUUUCGCUGGUAAAUUUGUUAAUUUGAAGAGUUUUCGAGCGGAAGACAGAAAGAUCAAGUGAGAAGGGGAUAAGUCUGCGGGGGCGCGCACAGACUUUACUUUCUUCUGACCCCAUCAAUUGGGGGGGAUUCAUUUCUAUUUUUUUUACUGUUUUCCAGAUGGCUCCUCGACAAGUGGGGCCUCCGUUUAUCCGUACUUUUGGGAGCGCUCGGGAAUUGUGUCGGCGCGUGGAUCAAACUGAUGUCAACCCAUCCAGGUACCCAAACAUUUAUGACGUACUUGCGCUGUAACAGUGUAUUUUAUGAGCUGUUUCACGAUUCGACAAAAACAUUGCAGACUCGUUCUGGGUGACAUUUCUGGGUCAGACUAUUGUCGGAGCGUCCCAAAUGUUUACACUGGGCAUUCCGCCGCGAUUGGCCGCCGUCUGGUUCGGUCCUGAUGAGGUUUCCAGGGCGUGCGCACUCGGCGUCUUUGGAAAUCAGCUCGGAAUCGCCGUCGGAUUCGUUCUGCCGCCCAUGAUUGUCUCGAAUGGAACUGUCGAUCACAUCACCUACGAUCUGAAUACUCUUUUUUUGGGAUCCGCCGUAUUGAACACUGUCAUUUUGGCAUUGGUUGUUUGUUGUGAGUUCACUCCACUCUUUUCUGGGUUUAUCUCAAUAACUAACAGGGUUGGCAAUGUUGUUGAGCGCAAAAUUUUCUAUCGGUUGGCGUAUUUGAUGGCCUUUGCAAAUUUUCCGGUUCUAGAAGUGAUUUGAAAAGAAUUGAUAUACCCACCAUAUUGCUCAUUUUUGGGGUAAUUUUGUUUGAGGCCUACUUUUUCAUUUUCAGCCCGGCCCGAAAAGCCCGUAUAUAAUAUCUUAGCAAAUUGUGAUUAAAAAACAUUUCAGUCUUCACGGCCCGACCGUCAGUCCCACCAAGUUUGGCCCAAUUGACGGCCCAAGAGGAGAAAACGUUCGACAACAAUUUCUGGGCCACUUUGCGCAAUUUGAUGACUUCUCGUGACUUUGUCAUUCUUUUUAUUACCUAUGGUACGUAUUUUUUUUGGGGCCUAUAAUUUUUUGUGAGGUACAAGGUGUCAAAACACACAUAAAAUCAGUGGAGAAAAAGAUGAGGACGCAAUUAAAAGUGUAAUAACAAAUGAUGUGUCGGGGCGAGGCGUCAGGAGGGACUGUGACGCUCGAUGAUCGAUUUGAUUGGUCCCGCUUGCACAUUAAACCUACCCGAAAAUCACAUCAAACAUGACGAGACAUUAUGUCUUGGUCCCCUCGAAAUGACGAAAAAUUAAAGUUGAGGGGUUGAGAUUUUGGUUUUUUGAAAUUUUCUCCAAAACUAGAAGAGAUAGGCGCGAGUGUCAAGAGAGAAAAAUGUUCGCCAUAAAAUUUCCUAUCGAUUGGUAUAUAACAUGGGUUAAUUGAAAACUAGAAGUCGAUUUUCCGAACAAAAUUUUCAGGCAUCAACACUGGCGUCUUUUAUGCCAUUUCUACGCUUCUCUCGCAAAUGGUUUUGAGCGUUUAUCCAACGGUAAUUGAUUUUUCGACAAAAUUUUGAAAGAAAAGCAAAACAUUGUUUUAGGAAACCGUAGCAGUCGGUCAAGUCGGACUAGUGAUUGUGGUGGCCGGAAUGGCGGGAUCUGUGGCCGGCGGAUUCCUUUUGGACAAAUUCAAAAAGUUCAAAUUAACCACAAUCCUCAUUUAUCUCUUCUCGUUCAUCGGAAUGCUCUCCUUCACGCUCACUAUCGAUUUGGACUCGAUGACGCUCGUUUUCAUCAAUGCCGCACUUUUGGGGUACGCUGGGAUCACUCUAGUUUUCGGGAACUCUUGGAUCGCGAAUCACUUGUAAUGAAAAACUGAUGAAAGUGUUUUUUACAGUUUCAAAGACACUUUUUAAGAAAUUGAAAUGUAAUGUGAUGGAUGAGCGAGUUCUUAUAAGGAUGUUUGUUUUCCGUUUUUUUUUUUUCGUUUUUUUACAUCGCUGAAUUGGAUUUUUUGACGUAAAAAAACGGAAAAAGCGGAAAACAAUAAUUUUUUUCACAGCCUGAAUAACCCCAAUACAAUUUUCAGAUUUUUCAUGACCGGAUACUUGCCGAUCGGAUUCGAAUUCGCCGCCGAAAUCACUUAUCCGGCCGCCGAAGGGACCACUAGCGGCCUUCUGAACGCCAGUGCUCAGGUUUCAAAUUUCAGCAAAUUCGGUUCAAAUGUUACUUAAUUUGAUCUUUUGCCCCCAUUUUGAACACAAAAGAAUGGAAAGUAAAACGGAAGUAAUUGUGCACAGCAUUUUGUCCUAAAAUGCUCAAUUUUGCGGUCAAAGGUGCACAUUAUUCAGAAAAAUAUAAGUUUGGUGUUUCUUUUGUCCGCAAGCGGCUUUGAAUGGAAAAUGUUGCGAAAAACAAUUUUUUCGAGGGAUAUUUAGGUGGAAAAUGCGUUUUGUUGCAGAUUUUCGGAAUCGCUCUGACGUGGCUAAUGGGCAUCGUAAUGCACAGUUUCGGAACACUCACCAGCAAUAUUAUAAUGAGCAGUUGUCUCGUUUUGGGCACUUUUCUGACUUGUACGUCGAGCAAAGCCGAUUUGCUGAAAGAAUAAAGUUAAUCAUUUACAGGUUUCAUCAGCGAAGACCUAAAACGACAAAAGGCGCACUCGGUGCAGUCGCAAAUUCCGGUAAUUCACAAAAAUGCUUUUCAGAGCUUCUAGAAUGUUUUUUUCAAUUUUUCAGACAUCCGAAACACAACUGACAAGCUGUACACUCACUCAAAAUGAACAUUUCUAA